AUUUAAACAUUGGCAACAUUGUUUGAAGGUCGAAAGGUCGUUUAGGCUACAGGAACUUUAUUCGUUAAAGAAUUUUUUUAACAAAUUAAAAAAUUUAAUCAUGGAUCGAAAAUUUUUUGUCGGUGGUAACUGGAAGAUGAAUGGAAAUAAAAAAGAAAUUAACGAAAUUGUUAAUUUUUUAAAAGCUGGACCCCUUGAUCCUAAUGUCGAGGUAGUUGUUGGAGUUCCAUCAAUUUAUUUAACAUACACUAGAGAUAUUCUCCCUCAGAAUGUAAGUAUAAGUGCUCAAAAUACAUACAAAGUUGAAAAAGGUGCAUUUACCGGAGAAAUUAGUCCAGCAAUGCUGGUAGAUAAUAAAAUUCCAUGGGUUAUUCUUGGUCAUUCUGAACGUAGAAAUGUUUUUGGAGAAACAGACGAUUUAAUUGCUGAGAAAGUUGCUCAUGCAUUAGAUUCUGGUGUCAAGGUUAUUGCUUGCAUUGGAGAAAAAUUAGAGGAAAGAGAAAGCAAUAAAACCGAAGAAGUUGUAUAUCGUCAAACAAAAGCUAUUGCUGAUAAGAUUAAAUCUUGGGACAAUGUUGUUUUAGCUUACGAGCCAGUUUGGGCAAUUGGAACUGGAAAAACAGCAUCACCACAACAAGCUCAAGAGGUUCACGAUAAAUUAAGACAAUGGUUUACAAAAAAUGUUAGUAAUGAUGUAUCAAAAUCAUUAAGAAUUAUUUACGGAGGUUCUGUAACUCCAGAUAAUGCCAAAGAUCUAGCGAAAGAAAAAGACAUUGAUGGCUUCUUGGUAGGAGGAGCUUCAUUAAAACCAGGUUUUGUUCAAAUUGUCAAUGCAAAACAAUAAAAAAAAAGUACUUUUAUCGAUUCACUUCAUUUUGUUAGAGUGUUAAUUGUUUACUAAAUAUAGGAAUAUCCGAAUAACCCGAGUAAUUAAAAAUUCAGUUACUCCUCACUUUUUGACAAAUCAAGUUCUUCCGAAGAUUAAUUUAUAAUUGUAAUUCUGCUUCCCGACUCUCUAAAUAAUGUUAAUUAUCGGUAUCUUUAUUUAAUCUUUAGAUUUUAAUUCAUGUUUGUUCUGUAAUAAAUAAAGAAGAAAUGUUUAUAAUAUAGGAAAUAGUUCGGAAAAAUUUUGACUAGUCGUCGAAAGGUGGAGAGUUCCUGUUUGCAAAUGUUGAUUUAAAAGUCAGAAGCAUUUAUCUUUAUCUGUAAAUUAUACAAAAUGAAUUUAUCAAGUAAAAGAUUAAACUGUAAUUAUGAAUAA